AUGUUAUCGCAUAAUUCAAGUCAGGAAGAAACAUCUGCAUGUAAAGAUUUCCCCAAUAAUACAACUGAUAACUUCAUCAAACCUUCUUUACCUCCAUUUAUUCUAAAUAUUUUAGACCAAUUAGCCAAUGAAAAACUUAAAAGUCGUUUAGAAUCUGUUUUGUUAGAUAGAGAAUCGGAGCUAUUAGAAUCUCAGUCAGCCUGUAAAGAUGCACAGAAUGAAGUUGUAGAAUCAAGGGAACAACAAGCCAAGCUUGAACUUGAAUUGGCAAAUAUUAAAAGUGCUGCUGAAAUGUUAGUGACCGAAUACGAGGAUGCCCUAUCAACCUUAAAAAAACAGUAUGACGAAGAGUUGUCAUUGUUGCUGACGGCUUCUGAACAGGGUCGUUUACAUCAAUUUGUUAACGGUCAACUUUUGAAUAAUACAUCAUCAACUGAAAAUGCUAAUUGUCCAACUUCAAAAUCUUCACUUCUUAUCGAAAAGAAGUCAGCUCAAAGUUUAGCCAAUCAAGCACUGGAUAAAGUUGAGAAAUUAGUUCGACGUGUCAGUCAUAAAGCGUUAACAAAUAAUUUUAUCUUAAAUAAAUCCACUGUUUCAUCUUUUUGGGCGAAUCAUGAUGUUAAUGCAAACAAAGAGGAGAAUAAUGAUGAUGAUUAUAUACAAGCUAUAGUUGGACCGUAUGAAACAGAAAUUACACGUCUACAACAGAUUUUGACUAAUGCUUCAAUUCCAUUCACUGUAACAACAUUAAAUCCUAAAUCUUCAAUUUACAAAUUAUUAGAAGAGAAAAUUAUUAACAAAAUUUUACAUAAUUCAAGUUCAAAAAUAGACAUUUCUGAAAACACUAUUGCUAAUUAUAAUGAUAAAAUGAUUGAUCCUGCUAGUAAUUCAAAUAAUUGCAUUAACAAAUCGGAUGAUAAUUGUAAUGAUCCGAUUAAUGCUAAACAAGAUGAUGAAAAUAUUCAGUCGACUGUUGACACACAAUCAAUGGGUGAUCAUUCUAUAUUAUCGCUUGAAGAACAAACCUACUUAGCGGAUACAACGGAAAAGUUAAAAAAGCAACUUGCUGCAGCUAGAAAUGAAAUAGAUUCGAAAAAUCGUGCACUGAAAAUCGCUUCAGAUCGUCAGUUAGAAUUGGAAAAUGCUCUUAAAACUCAAGUUACUGAACAAACAUCCAAAAUAGACAAAAUUAAUACAAUUGCAAACCAGUUGGCUCAACGAUUGGAUGGUUUGAUGUUAGAGUAUAAAUCGUAUCGUGAAGCAACUGAGAAAGAAAUAUCUAAUUUAAUAAUUGAACGUAAAAUUGCAAACACGAACUUAGAAAUCAUUCGUUCACAUUAUGAUUCACUUGUUGGUCGACGUACACAAGCUGCUAUAGAAUUAAGUAGACAACCAGUACAAUUACCAAGUGAAAAAGAUGAAUUAGAACAUUUAACUUUAAAAUUAUAUGAGGAAAAUUUAUCAUUUCGGGAAGCACGUGAUCAUUUGGAAGAAUGUUUAAAAAAAGAAACUGAAGCUCACAGAGAACAGUUAGAAUAUGAAAAACAAGAACGUAUUAAUUUCGAAACAUCAGUCCUACAGGAAUUAGAAGAUGCACGUAGAUCUUUAACUGAUCUGGUCUCUAUUAAAACUGAACGUGAUCAUGAAACUAUUUUAAGACAGAAAUAUGAAGACGAAUUAAAAAUAUGUAAAUCUAAGCUGAAUGAAACACAGGCCAAAUAUGAAUCGACUGAAACUAGUCUAACUGAAGCUCAGAAAAGGAUUACUGAUCUACAAGAGCAAGUUGUUCGAUUACAAACUGAUUUAGACAAUGUGGAAUCGGUUCAAGCUGAUUUUGUUCGCUUGUCACAGAAUCUACAAGUUCAACUGGAAAGAUUGAGACAACAAGAUCAAGAAGUACGGUGGAUUAAUGCGGAUGAUGUGACUAAUUGUUUUGCUUGUAAUUCACUAUUUUCAACUGGUCCUUCCAAUAGUGCCAGUUUGAAAAAAAUCAAUUGCCGUCAUUGUGGUAAAGUUCACUGUUCCAAUUGUAUAAAGAACACUGUGCCAGCUGGACCAUUUGGUCAUCCCGCUGUUGUAUGUGAUGUGUGUCAUACCUUGUUGAAUAAAAAUAUUGCUCCUUAUUUCAGCACAGCAUCAAUAAAUAAUAAUAAUAAUAAUCAAAAAGAUCAGCUUUCAUCUUCCAAACGUCUCAGUUUCUCAUCUCCUACACAGUCCCCAAGUAAUCUAACAACUAAGCCUAAUUAA